GCGACCUUUCGUGCUCGUUGCGGGAGAGAACCGUUUGGGUUUUGGGUCCUGCGCUUCAGCUUACGAGCAGUCGAUCCACCGGUAAUAGGAGGUGGGGCAAGGUCCGAUUGACUGUCUUCAACUGGGAGCCGGCAUUCGUCAUCGACUCGUAGACGCCCUUCAUCCCUGUCUCUUCAGCAAGGAAGGACGACGUCGAGCAGUAACGCAACGAUGGCACGGACGAGCACCGACAAAGUACAGGAGAAGGAGAUGAAGGACGUCGAGGCCGGCAGCAUCAAGACCGAGUCCGCCGAGGACGAUUUGAAGAAGGAUAUUCAGCAGCAGCCGGAGUUGGUGGGAUACGAUAAACGGCCGAUAUGGCUCCGCGUCCCCUUCGUAUCCAGCCACCGCCCCCCGCCAUCCGGAUCCGUCGCCGACGCGCCGCCCAUCCCCGAACAAAACGCGGGUUGGUUUUCGCUCCUCGCCUUCAACUGGAUUACGGACCUCCUCGCGCUCGGCUACGCCCGCCCCCUGGAAGCGUCCGACCUGUACGCGCUCCAGCCCGAGCGCUCCGCCGCCCUCAUCGCCGACCGGAUUGAGGCGAGCUUCGAGAAGCGCAAGGCCAAGGCGGACGAGUGGAAUGCACGCGUGGCGAGAGGGGAAGUGAGGGCGCCGGUGUGGAAGCGCGCGCUGUGGUUGCGGAGCAGGAACGGGGUGGAGCUUGAAAAGCGGUGGAGGGAGCGCGAGGGGAGGCGGAAGGCCAGCCUAGUGUGGGCACUAAACGACGCGGUGUUCUGGUGGUUUUGGAGCGGAGGAGUGUUGAAGGUCAUCGCUGAUACCGCGCAGGUCACGUCCCCGCUCAUGGUCAAGGCACUCAUUACGUUUGCGACCGAUUCCUAUCGCGCGCACAAGCUGCACGAAACCUCGCCCCACGUCGGGCGCGGUGUCGGUCUCGCCAUCGGUCUCCUCCUGCUCCAGCUCCUCGCGUCCGCAUGCACCCACCACUUCUUCUACCGCGCCUCCUCCACCGGCGUCCUCCUCCGCGGCGGACUCAUCACCGCCAUCUACCGCCGCUCGCUCCACCUCUCCUCUCGCGCGCGCUCCGCGCUCCCGAACGGCAAGCUCGUGAACCACAUUUCGACGGACGUGAGCCGGAUCGACUGGUGCUGCCAGUUCUUCCACAUGUCCUGGUCCGCGCCGAUCCAGCUCGCGGUUUGCCUCGUCAUCCUCCUCGUGCAGCUCGGGCCUAGCGCGUUGGCCGGAUUUGGCUUCUUCGUGCUCGUGACGCCGUUGCAGACGUGGGCGAUGAAGCGGUUGUUCGGGAUCAGGAAGAAGAGCAUGGUGUGGACGGAUAAGCGCGCGAAGCUGCUGCAGGAGCUGCUCGGCGGCAUGCGCGUCCUCAAGUUCUUCGCAUGGGAGGACGCAUUCCUCGCCCGCAUCGCGGACUAUCGCAAGCACGAGAUUACGCACAUUCGGAGCUUGCUCCUCCUCCGUUCGGUGGCCAACGCGGUGGCGAUGAGUCUGCCCGCGCUCGCGAGCGUGCUCUCGUUCGUCGCCUACUCGCUCAGCGGGCACGCGCUCGAGCCGGCGGUCAUAUUCACGAGUCUGACGCUCUUCCAGCUCCUGCGCAUGCCGCUCAUGUUCUUGCCCGUGUCCUUCUCGGCCAUCGCGGACGCGCAGAACGCGAUCGAGCGCAUCUACGGCGUGUUCGAGGCUGAGCAGCUGGACGAACACAAGACUUUCGAUCCCGACUUGGACGCAGCCAUCGAGGUCGAGGACGCUGAUUUCACGUGGGACAGCCCGCCGCCCGCCGAGGUGCAGAAGAAAGAGAAAAAGAACCGGCUCAAGGGCCUCGGGCGGGCGCUCAAGGGCAAGAAGACGAAGUCGUCCCCGGGAACGCCGUCGGGCACGGGCGCGGUCACCCCGGCCGUCGCGGAGGAGAAGGACAAGGGCGAGAUCUUCCGGCUGAAGGGGAUCAACCUCUACGUGCCCCGCGGCAAGCUCGUCGCCAUCGUCGGCCCCGUCGGGAGCGGCAAGACGAGCCUGCUCGAGGGCCUCAUCGGCGAGAUGCGGCGGACGAGGGGCGCGGUUGCUUUUGGAGGGAGUGUCGGCUAUUGCCCGCAGAACGCGUGGAUACAGAACGCGACGAUCCGGGAGAACAUAUGCUUCGGCAGGCCGUGGGAGGAGGAGCGGUACUGGCGCGCGGUGAAGGACAGCUGUUUGGAGGCCGACCUGGAGGUCUUGCCGAACGGCGAUUUGACGGAGGUGGGCGAGAAGGGCAUCUCCCUCAGUGGCGGGCAGAAGCAAAGGCUGAACAUCUGUCGCUUGAUCUAUUGCGACACGGACAUCCAAAUCUUCGACGACCCGCUGAGCGCGCUCGACGCGCACGUCGGGAAAGCCGUGUUCACCAACGUGCUCCAGAACGCGGCGCCGGGAAAGACGCGCCUGCUGGUCACGCAUGCGCUGCACUUCCUCCCACAGGUGGACUAUAUCUACACGAUGGUCGAGGGGUGCGUCGCCGAGCGCGGGACGUACGCCGAGCUCAUGUCGCAGGAGGGCGAGUUUGCGCGCUUCGUGCGCGAGUUCGGGAGCCAGCUCGCCCGCGAGGAGGAGGAGGAAGAGCGCGCGGUCGAGGCCGUCGAGCUGGCCGUGACGGACGAGGAGGAGGAAGCGGAGAAGCGCAAGGUGGAGAAGAGGCGGAAGAUGAUCGCGGGCAAGGCGAUGAUGCAGGUCGAGGAGCGCAACACGGGCGCUAUCAGCGGCGGCGUGUAUGCGGCGUACAUACGUGCGGGCGAGGGAAAGUUGCUCGUGCCCUUCUUGCUGCUCAGUUUGACGCUCAUCCAGGGCGCGACCGUGCUGUCGAGUUACUGGCUCGUGUGGUGGCAGAACAUGUCGUUCAACCAGUCUCAAGGCUUUUACAUGGGUAUUUACGCGAUGCUUGGUGUUUCGCAAGCGGUGGCGUCAACGUUCAUGGGCUUCGCAUUCUCGUUCCUCACGUACUACGCGUCGAAGAACCUGCAUCGAGACGCAAUCACGCGGGUGAUGCACGCGCCGAUGUCGUUCUUCGAGACUACGCCCUUAGGACGGAUCAUGAACCGAUUCGCGAAGGAUAUUGAUACCAUCGACAACACAUUGGGAGAUGCCUUGCGCAUGUUCGCCAAUACAUUAUCGGGCAUUCUCGGCGCCAUUAUCUUGAUUUCGAUUAUCCUGCCCUGGUUCCUUAUCGCCGUAUUCGCGAUCCUGUUCGUCUACUAUUUCUAUGCCAUCUUCUACCGUUCAAGCGCUCGGGAGCUCAAGCGUUUGGAUGCAAUCUUACGAUCGUCGCUCUACUCGCAUUUCAGCGAAAGCUUGUCGGGCCUGGCCACCAUCCGGGCGUACAAUGAGACUGAUCGGUUCAUCAAGGAAAACAAGGAGCGCAUGGACAUUGAGAAUCGCGCGUACUGGCUUACGGUCACGAACCAGCGCUGGCUCGGGAUCCGGCUUGAUUUCCUUGGCACGAUCCUCACCUUCAUCGUCUCGCUCCUCACUGUCGGCACGCGCUUCUCGCUAAACCCGGCGCAGACGGGCGUCGCGCUCUCAUACAUCAUCUCCGUCCAGCAGGCGUUCGGCUGGAUGGUCCGCCAGUCGGCCGAAGUAGAGAACGACAUGAACUCGGUUGAGCGUAUCAUGCACUACGCAACGGCCAUCGAGCAGGAGGCGCCAGCGGAGGUACCUGGGAACAAGCCCCCCGCGGAUUGGCCCGCCAACGGCGAGGUCGAGAUGGAGCAGGUUGUGAUGAAGUAUCGCCCCGAGCUUCCGCCAGUGAUCAAGGGUAUCAGCAUGCGCGUGCGUGGCGGCGAGAAGAUUGGUAUCGUUGGCAGGACGGGCGCCGGGAAGAGUAGCAUCAUGACCGCGCUCUUCAGGAUCGUCGAGCUCUCCUCCGGGACGAUCAAGAUUGACGGAAUUGACAUCUCGAAGUUAGGCCUCAAGGAUCUGCGAAGCCAUGUAGCUAUCAUCCCUCAGGAUGCCUUGCUGUUCUCUGGCACACUGCGCAGCAACCUUGAUCCCUUCGGAUUGAAGGAUGAUGCCUCGUUAUGGGAUGCACUUAAGAGAUCAUACCUAGUCGAAGACACCAAGACAACGUCACUCGAUCUCUCCUCCGAGAACGUUCCUGGCGGAGCGCGGAGCCCCGUGCAGCGGUUUACGCUCGACAGCCCUGUCGAUGACGAAGGCAGCAACUUGAGCAUUGGCCAGCGAUCUUUGGUUUCGCUUGCCAGAGCGCUCGUAAAGAACUCGAAGGUUCUCAUUCUUGACGAGGCUACGGCUUCGGUUGAUUACGAGACGGACCAGAAAAUUCAGGAUACGAUCGCCACCCAGUUUGCAGACCGGACAAUACUGUGCAUCGCUCACCGUUUGAAAACUAUCAUAGGCUACGACCGCAUCUGCGUGAUGGACCAGGGAACAAUAGCUGAGUUGGACACGCCCGCGAAUCUGUAUCAGAAGGCGGACGGCAUAUUCAGAGGCAUGUGCGAGAGGAGCUCCAUAACAUUGGAAGACAUCAAGCAUGCGGCGAAAGAAAGAGACAUGGACAUGGAAUGAAAAAGAUGGGAUCUUGUUCAUUUCCCUGCCGUUAAUCGUGGCUGCCUAACGAUUUAGUGAAUGUGGGUGUAGAUAAUAAUGUAUAAUGCAACACUUAGACGCGAGCAUUCGCCAUGAAGCA